AUGACAAAGGACAAGGCUGUAGUGACAAUCCCUGAUGUCGUUGCGCACCGUGGUUAUUCGGGCCAGUAUCCUGAAAACACAAUGAUUUCAUAUGAAAAGGCGAUCGAGAACAACGCCUCUGCUUUGGAAGGUGACAUUCGCAUGACCAAGGAUGGCGAGAUUAUCAUGAUGCACGAUAUGACCCUGAAUCGCACCACGACGGGUACAGGCAACAUUGGACAAGUGAACUGGCAUGGAUACAUUGAUGGCCUUGUGACCAAAACCGAUCCCCCACAACCGAUACCCCGUUUUAAGGAUGUUGUACAACUCAUGCUUCGACGAGAUGUGAUUGACAAGAACAUGUACAUGAUUGUGGAUAUCAAGUUUGAUAACCCAAUAGCGAUCCUGAAUGCUGUCCACGACCUACUAAAAGCAGAAUUCGCUGAUCACAUGAAGACCUUGGCUCGCCAAUUGGUGAUUGGUAUAUGGCACGUUGACUUUUUAAAGACGACGCAAGAUCUGUUUCCCGAUUUCAAGAUAUGCUUCAUUGGAUUAUCCCUGGAUGCCGCUCGCAAGUACUUUUUUGAUGCCGCAGACUUACUCAGCAUGCCAUUCGCUGCCUUGGCUGAUAAGGAAGGCCACGAAUUUAUCCAAGAAGCCCAUGCCCGUGGUAAACGUGUAGCCACUUGGACCGUCAAUGAUGUUGAACAGAUGCAUGAGUGCUUAGCCAUGGGCGUGGAUGCUGUGGUUGGUGAUCACGUGCAAGUCAUGGUCAAGCAUUUGCGUGAAACGCUGGAAGGUCUUUCGGUUGAUGAAUAUGCCGAUUACAUUACAAAGAGCACCUAUUUAAGCCAUAGACGCACUCGAGUUUACUUUUAUCUUUUGAAAAAGGCAAUGCACUAUGCUAGCCGUGGGUACAUUGGAAUGUAA